AUGGCGGUUCUGCUGUUGGAGCACUCGGAAGCGCGUCGCCAGGAUAAAGCUGGAAUGUACGGCGAUCUGGGAUCGCAGCACGGCAUGUCAUAUAUCCCUUCCGUCCCGGUUUCAGGUAUCGGGGUCGCACAGCCGUUUGCCCAACCGCUUUUCGACAGCGUCGACGGAUCUGACCACACUCGCGGCGCUCGAGCUUACCCCAUCACUGCCUCAGACGACCAGACAGCAAAGAAACGAAGGCCCUCCAAAGGAAAACCGCCGCUUGUAAUCAAGCGGUCCUCUUCGACUCCUCAUAUGCGCGCUCUGGGCUUUGCGGAUUCUGGUCAAAUCUCGCCCAAUUCGGAAAAGCGACGCAACAAGUUAGGAUACCAUCGAACCUCGGUCGCUUGCGGUCAUUGCCGACGAAGGAAGAUAAGAUGUUUAAUAGCGCCCGAAGACGCCCAAGGGCGCUGUUCCAACUGCAUUAGGCUGAAGAAGGAAUGCAACUUCUAUCCGGUCGAGCAGCAACCAUCCGGGGACUCGCGGUCACAAAACGCAAAACGGGGCAGCGUCUCUGCUGUUACCUCGACGUCUAACUCGUCUUCUCCUCGCGCGUCGACUGCCUCUGGCCAUGAACAAGUCGAAGAGUAUAGCUCGUACCAGCAACUACCAAGCGGCGACCAACCUCCCAGCUACGGCGUCUCGACCGAAUUCGACAGCCAUGUUGACAUGAAAUCACAAAAUGGUGUCAUCCCACAAACAAGCUCUUUCAACUACUCUCCCUCGUUUGAUGUCGGAGCGUGGUCUUCCGACUAUGCAGCGCGGACUUCAUCGGAUGCCAACUCGGACGGCUCAUCAAUCGCGUACUGGUCAGCUCCUGGUACUUCCAUGUCCUCGGCGUUUUUCGACGACGCACCCAACCCGAUGCAACAGACCCACGGUCUUCCGCCAAAUCUAGGAAACCCACAACAACUACAGGAUGAAAACAUAUGGCCUGGGGUAGCAAGAUCAAUGUCCUUCAGUGGCCCUGACGGCAUGCACCCAGACUAUCGCUUCCAACACGCCAACACCAUGCCUAUACAGCAGGGUGGGCUACGCUCAAGCAUGGACGUUUCGUCAGCACCGAUGAAUCCAAACAUUCGGCCCGCGUCGACAUUUCCGUUCAGCGCUCCCCAGGGAUGGCAACCUUACAUGACAUCGGCUCCAAUAAGCACGCCUCCUGGACCCGCACAACCAUUUGCCGCAAACUGGUUUCCCGGGCAAGUGUCAUUAGGAGCAGUCGAAGAAGAGAAUAACGCGGGAAACCCGUAUCAGCGCUAUUGA